CAGGCGCGGCCCAAGAGCCAAGCCGCGAGAGGGCGCCCGCCGGGGCCGCGGGCACUCCCAGGCCAGGGGCGCGGUGACCCUCAGCCGCUGGUCUGGCUCAAGCUCGGCGGGUGUUGGGGCAGAGGUGGGGCGCCCGCCUCCGCGGGGCGUGACUGCAGGUGUCGCUGGGGGCCUGUGGUGCCUGCGAAGAAGCAUCAUGGCCCAGUCCCUGCUGAGCGGAGAUGCGGAGUCGCUCUUCCUGGUGGCGUCCUACGUGCCCUGGCCCAGUCGCCUGCGCGUGCUCCCGUGGCUCUCCGCCGAGUUCCGGGGCCACCUGCACAAGGAGGGCACCUACUGGCGGUGGCUCUGCGAACGCCUCUGCCGGGAGGCGAAGCUCUACACGCCCGCGCUGGACGCGGACGUCCGGCUCCUGGCCGGCGGCGGGCAGUGGCGCGCCUUCUUCCUGGAGCUCUGGCCGCUCCGCCACCGCUUCGCGGCGGCCGCCGCCUGUCCUGCCGCUCUCGCCGAGGGCCGCGAGGAGUGCCGCCUCGCCGCCUACUGCCGCCUGCGCCCGCCGCGGGGCGCCGCCGCGGGGGAGGCGGAGGCCGCCGCGCGGGGCGCGGCGGUGCCCGUGAAGCUGAUGCCGGUGAGCCAGCGGCUGACGCUGCUGCGCCAGGCACACCCCGAGCUCUCGCAGAAGCAGGCGAUGCAGCGGCUGCUGCAGCAGGACAGCGCCGCCGCGGAGGAGCCAGGCGACGAGGGCGCGCCAGCCUCGGGCGCGAGCGGCUUCACUUCGUCGGUGCUCUCGGUGACGCCGGGCGACGCGGGCUCCGUGUUGACCGUGUCGCCGGGCAUCGGUAUCCGCGGCUGGGACUUCGAUCACGUCUUCGGGGACUCGGCCACGCAGGAGGACCUCUACAGGCGGUGCGGCCUGCGGCUCGCCGUGGACCUCCUCAACGGAGGCAGCGGCGCGCUGGUGGUCUACGGCCAGACCGGGAGCGGGAAGACGCACACCAUGUUCGGGCCGCCGGGCUGGGCCGACGGGCCAGGGGCCAGCCAGCGCGGCCUGGUGCCGAGGGUCGUCGACGAGGUGCUGCGAGGCCUUGAGGCGAGGCGCGGCGCUGGCUUCGACGCCACCCUCAGCGUCAGCUUCGUCGAGGUCUUCGGCAACAGCGUGAAGAACCUCCUGGCCGCCGACAUCAACUCCCACCCUCCGGGCUACGAGGAGGAGGUGGCCGACGGGGCCGCCAUGGCGUCGCUGCUCGCCAGGGGCGAGGAGAACAAGAGGAUCGCCAGCACCGCCAUGAACGAGCGCAGCACCCGGGCCCACGUGUUGGUCGUCCUGCGCGUGCGCCAGCGCGCGCCGGGACAGCGCGAGCAUGUGGAGGCCACUCUGUCCUUGGUGGACCUGGGCGGCUCCGAGCGUCUGUCGAAGAGCGGGGCCCACGAGGGGCUCCGGUCGAUGGGCUGGAAGUGCGGGGAGCAGGACGAGCCGCGGCCCACGUGGCAGGAGUUUUACCACAGCCGCGAGAAGCUGCAGGAGACGACCCACAUCAACACCAGCCUGCUCGCCCUCAAGCGGUGCAUCCAGGCCCUGAACGAGAGGCCCCGCGUCCCCGGGACCCGCGUGCCGUUCCGGGACUCCAAAUUGACGCUGCUCCUCGAACGCAUUUUCACGGGCGAGUCGCGGACGUCCAUGGUCUUCUGCUGCAGUCCCGAGGACCAGCACGCCGACGAGACCGUCCAGACCCUGCGGUUCGGCGAGAUGUGCAGCCAGGUCGUGGCGCAGCGCGACGGCGCCCCACCCGACGCCUGCGCAGCCGUGGCGCAGGCGCUGCAGCAGCUGGACGCCGAGCUGAAGGAGGUGGAGGCAGAGAUCCGGGAGAAGGAGCGCUGGGAGUGGCGUGCCACGACGCGCACGGACGUCGUGAGCGAGAUCGCCAGCCACGUAGUCACAGACGAGGUCAUGGAGCUCGGCGGCAAGGGCGCAGUGGAGUUCUAUAAGGACGACGGCGAAUCAAAGAAGCAGACAGUGGACCACACGGUUUGGGGGCAGGUGCUCGUCGGUGCCGAGGCGGAGAACGCCCGCCGCGAGGAGCUGCUGCGGCGCCGGCACAGGCUGCUGGGCGGGGACGCCCUCUGAGGCUGCUGCUGCGGCUGCGAGAGGCCUGCUUGCGCCACAGAAGCAGUGGCUGCCUGCGGCGCAGGCAGCAGCUGCUGCUGUCCAGUUGGAGGCAGGCGACCAGCGCGUGGGAGCCGCUGCCCGGGGCGUAUUUGCACAGUCCGCGCCGCCUGGGCCAGUGUCCCGCCUGCCGAUCGGCGACCACUUGCGAACCCUACACUCGCGGAUCCAGUCGACGCUGGUCAGAGCCACGAGUCAUCAGGGUUAAACCCGGAUAACUCGGGCGCCCCAGCGGGGGGGUCGGGCACUCCCCUGCAGGGGUCACGCGGCUGCAGGAGUCCCUCGGAUUUCGGGGCCCCCGCUGGUGCUUCGGGAGUCUGACCCGCGGGGGGUCAGGGCUCGCACGCGGAUUGCCCAGCGGGGGCGCGGGUUCCAGGCUUCCCCGUCUUUUCUUGUCCUUGGCAAUUCUGCAUGACGCUGCUUUUGCACGACUUGCUGCUCCUUCUGCUGCUAGACACGGAGUAGGGCGAUGGUGCUGCGAGUUCUGGCCUUGGCGCUCGCGCGCCAUCUUGGGGAAACGCUGUAGGACGCAGCGCGGGGUGCACCAGACACACCGCUGGCUGCGUCGGAGCCCUUGGGGAGUGGAGUUGCGCCAUGUGGAGCAGCCUUGAAGGCGAGCUGCGGGUCCGAAAG